UGGGUCAGCCGUGAAUGAUGUAAAAUGUAUUUUGUAGCGGCUUUACCGAAUCGUAUGUUUGCUUUAAAACGAUUUAAGAUUUAACUGCCGAUUAAAAAUUCCACCACCCUUCUCAAUAGGAGGGAAUGUGCCUCUAAUAAUAUUAUUUUCAAUGUAAUAUAAACUCUUUACUAAUUGGGAUUAAAGUGUUGACGCUAGACUAAAUCGGCGCGUGACUUUAAUAUAUUAAUAGACCGAUACAAUUCGAUUCUUUGAUCCGUUCAAUAUAGUUAUUUCUCGAUAUAAUAGCAUUACUGUGAACAACUCUUCAAGACAAAUUAGUUGCAGAAUUAUUUACUUCUUAUUUUUAAUCUCACAACCGAUAUAUAGGUAAAAUAAUGUAAAAAGAUGCGAGGGACCCGUGUGUAUUUACUUUGAUAGUUUAUGAUUCGAAUGGAAAAUGCCGAUAGAAUUCGCUGAUACGGUAGAAAAUAGCUUAAAAUCCAAAACCUGUUUUCUGCAUAAGAUAACCGACUAAUAUAAGAAAUAGUUGUAAAAGUUCUCCAAAUAGUGUCUAAAACGUCAAGUGAACAAGGGUUUACGUUGUGCUCAAGUGGAGUUGUGGACAAUAAAUUAAUGUGUGCGAAGAAAGAAGUUACAUUCGGGUGAUAAGAGCACAUUCUUCAUAAAUGAAAGAGUGUUAACUUGACGCGGAUCAUAUUAUGGAAUAUGAUUUAGUGUCGACAUAUCCGUGUAUCAGGAUUAACUCCCGCCACAAUAGGAAUUUCGUUUUUGACAUUUUUAAGAUGCUGAUUUUACAGAAAUAAACACGAACUAUGCUCCUGGGUAUAAUCAUCAUAGGGUUUUGCUGUUGUAUACUCACUUCCGGUACACAGUUAACUCCAGACACUUCGAGCACUACAGACAAAUCUCGAGGGUUUGGACCAUGGUCCCAGUGGUCGGAUUGUCCAACAUCUUGUGAUAUUUUACUCACCUCAAGAACACGAUCUUGUCAACAAUCUAGCAGUUCUAACCAGUAUCGACAAGAUCAAAGAAACUGUAUUGGGGUUCGAAAACAAUACAAACUUUGCAAAACUACGGCAUGUACCGAAUUUCGUGACAACCACAGAAAAGCAGAAUGUGACAGACAGACACACGUGCCAUUUCGCGGCAGAUAUUAUCACUGGCAACCUUAUAAUAAUAAGUUGAAGCCUUGUGAAGUGUACUGUAAAGCAGGAGGUUAUGGGUUCUAUUCUGGUUUCGGGCGACUAUUGAAGGAUGGAGUAUCGUGUUCUGGUACAGGAGUCAGUGGAAUUUGCCUGCAUGGUAGAUGUCAGGCUGUCGGCUGUGAUGGCGUGGUUGGGUCAGGACUAAAGAAUGACCAUUGUGGUGUAUGCGGAGGAGAUAAUGAGUCGUGCCGGAUCAUUGCGGGCAUUUAUACACGCAGGACUCUUAAAUACGGCUACAAUCAGAUCACUCGUAUACCUGCGGGUUCCUGCCAUGUCAACAUCACAGAGCUUGAACGGAGCAGAAACUAUCUAGUUUUGAAGUACAGUAAUGGUACAGGUGUAAUAAAUGAUGAUAGAACAAGAAUGAAGAGGCCGGGAACCUACCUGGCUGCUGGUACCAUGUUUACGUACAAUAAAUACGCCGGGGACAAAUGUCCUGGGGAGUGCUUGUAUGCACCGGGGCCUCUCACAUCUGAUAUGGAUAUACAGUUGUUGACAUAUAGAAGAAAUCCAGGAAUUAAAUAUAUGUUCACAAUUCCAAAAGACAAAAUAGACAGUGUAAUGCAAUCGUUGGCACCUUCAGGAAAUACAGCUACAAGACAUCAAGGUCGUAACCAGGGAGAGUCUCAAGCUUCCAGUACCAGUUCUAUAAAUAGUAACAACAGAAAUGGAAAUCAAGGGAGACGAAUAAGUUAUGACCAGAAACCACAGUUUGUCUCCCCUGAUACUGUUGGGUCUCCAUACAAGAGCUACCAAGCUUUAGAAAGUGGUCCUCAUGGCACCCAAGAAGCUAUAAAUAGAUACAGGCAAAGUUAUGGCGGUGAUGUAAAUAACAGAAAUAAUUUACCUGACAGAACCAAUAAUGUAGCAGCAUUUAGUAAUAGAAAUAAUCUACCUCUAAGUAAUAGACAAACUGAAACAAGGUACCAGACCAAUAGUAUUCCAGAUACCGGGUACCAGGGUUCAGUGUAUUCAAGGGGAUCCAGCAACCAGAUUUAUGAUAGAACAAAUUCUAGGACGGGAACUGCAUACCAACAAAACUAUGGAAAUAGAAUAGAAAAUAGAAGACCGGAGUUGAUAGUGCCAAACACGAUAGAUGAGGUGAAUUUUCAUUGGACGAUUUCUGGAUUUACAGAAUGUUCCACUUCCUGUGGGGGAGGAACACAAGAUACCAUUGUUGUAUGUAUGAAGAGAAAGUUGAAUAUAAUUGUUACAGAUGAGAACUGUGAUCCUAAUAAGAAGAAAGUUCAAACUAUCAGCUGUAACAGAUCACCAUGUCCACCAGAUUGGGAUGCAGGACCAUGGUCUGUGUGCAGUAAAACAUGUGGUCAGGGUGUACAAACACGUAAAGUAGAAUGUCAGCAGAGAUAUAGCCAGAAUUACUCUGUGCCAACAUCAGCUGGACAGUGUAACCUCGUAGCUAAACCAGAUACAUCUAGAGGGUGUGAGGUGAGGCCAUGUGCUGACUGGAGAGCUACUAACUGGACACAGUGUUCUGUGGAGUGUGGUAUAGGACAAGUAUCACGUGAUGUAGACUGUGUCAAUACAGAGGGAGAAGUGGUUCCAGACAGAGAAUGUUCAGGCUUGGAACCAGUCAGUACAAAGUCAUGUGACAUGGGAACCUGUGCCAAGGGCUGGUUUCAGACAUCCUGGUCUAAAGAGUGUUCAUCAGAAUGUGGGAGGGGCUACCACACAAGAAAUGUGUAUUGUUCAGCAGAAGAUGGCAGUCCUCUUCCAGAACAUAAAUGUGGUCAGAAACCCAAGACCAGAAAAUCCUGUAAGAAGAAGCGACCAUGUGGAGGGUUCUGGUUUGAAGGACCUUGGUCAAAGUGUACAGCAACUUGUGGUUCAUCAGUACAGACAAGGGAUGUUGUAUGUAUGAAGAAACUAGAGAGGAACAUGAUUGCUGUGGUUGGGGCAGAGAAUUGUAAGGAACAUCCAAAACCUGAAACACAGAAACCUUGCCCUACAUUGCCAGACUGCCCAGCCAUGUGGUUCAUGACCAAAUGGUCACAGUGUUCAAAGAGUUGUGGUGUUGGUAUAAAGACAAGAGAUGUAAAAUGUUUGGACACUGGUAUGACACCUAGCGCAGAGUGCCGUAAACAGAACAAACCGUCAUUACGACGGACGUGUAACACGCAAGACUGUGAUCUUCCACAGCUGGAUGAAGAUCCAGGAUGUAAAGAUAACUGGUCCCAGUGUCAUAUGGUAGUUCAAGCCAGACUGUGUCCCUAUAAAUACUACAAAGAACAGUGCUGUGUAGCAUGUAAAUUACACCAUCUAAAACACCAGAAACAAAAAGAGGAACAGGAAGCUGAGAAACAACAACAACAGGAAGUUGGAAAAGAACAACAACAACAACAACAACAGGAAACAGAAGGGGCAUAGCAGACGGACGUUUUAGUAUAUUUAUGAAAACAUGUUGAAUUUAUGUAGCAAGCUUAAGAAAUUAUAUAAUACUUAGAUGUAGCCAAGUUUGUCAUGACUAAAUAGUUACAAGAAACGUUAAUUCAGAAAGGCUUCUGAAGCAUAUUGAUUUAUAAUGAAAUGUACGUAGCUUGAAUUGACAGAUGAGUGGAUCUUGGCAUGAAGGCAUAUCUGGUGAACUGUGUUGAGAACAAGAUCUAGAGCGGAACAUUAUAAAGAAAUGGCAAAGAAAUAUACAAACAUUCAAUAUUCUGUUUGUUGUGAAGUGAACAUUUAAAUGCUGGGAUGAUAUUCAAAAUAUGAGGUUUGUUAUGACUCCAGUGUACCAAAUAGAUUUUAAAUGAUGUUUUGAAAGUGUGAUUAAUACUAAAAACAUCAAACAUUUGGUUAAGUGUUUGUAGAAAUAUAUAUAUAUAGCAAUAGGAAAUGAGGAAAGGGACAGUUAUAUUUUUUAGGAUCUAGCUUAUUUCUGGUUCAAUUUGUGACAGGACAAAGGUGAAGAAUAAGAGUAGAAUUCCAUAACUGUGUUCAGAAGAUAGUAACAAAUUCUGAAUGUCUUUGUGAUAUUUUGUUCUAUAAGAUGAUGUACAUGUGAGUCUUUCAACACCACCUGUUUGUAAUUGUGUGAAUUAUGGACCAUUUACCUAUUGAAAGAUAUUUAGUAUCAUUUAAUGUCACUUAAAUGCUAAAAACUUAAUCAGUGUACAAAAUAUGCAUAGUUUUUGCCAAAAUGUUAUGAAUGUGUAAAUUAUGAAAAGAAUAUUGCUACUUGAGCUAUGAUAGACAUUCCUGUAGAUAAUAUGUGUAGGGCAAAUAUAUGUGUUAAAGGGCAACUGUGUGUAAAUGGCAGAAAUUCCUUUGAAAAGAAGGGGCUAUAUGUGUUGUAUAGUUAUGGUGAAAGUUAAAGAAAUUAUCCUCACAAUAAUUGCUGCAAAAUGUUGACUUUUGUUUAAAAAGUAUACAUGUAAAGUAGAAAUUAUGCAUUUUGUUCUUCUACCCCUGUCCCUGACAGUAUUUUUUGAUUACUUUUCUAUGUAGAAAAGUUCUAAAGUUAACACUCAGUAAGAUCAACAGAAAAAACGUUAACAGAAAAUAUUAAAUAAAAACUCAUGAAAAAAUAUCGAGUUUGGUGAUUAAUUUGCUUUGACUACAGAAGUGAAACAUUUCCAUAAAUUUUCUUUACUACUUUCUUGUUUAUAUGUUCUUUUUACACAGAAUGGAUUUCAAAAUGAUCACCACAAAAAUUGAUUAUUAUCUCCCUUUAGUAUCAUUUGAUAAACCCUUAUUUUCAGAAAGUUUGUCAGUAGAUAAUAUUUAACUUUGACACAGGAAGAUCUUAGUUUCUUUCCAUGAUUGUUUUAAUAAAGUAAACAUAGUUUAAAUUUGGUUUCUAUGAAACAGAAUAAAUUGUGUACAUGUUCGGUAUGUAAAUUUGAAUUACUUGUUUAUUUUGUGAGGAUAUUCUUAAAGUGUCAUAUACAGUAAACCCCGCUUAUAACGAACUUGUUGGGACAUUUAAAAUCUGUUUCUUAUAUCCGGAGUUCCUUGUAAGCAUAUAGCAAAUUAGUUCCUUAUAUGGGGAGUUUUGAUAGCGAACAGAUUUGCAUAUAACGAACUGAUUGUUUACCAUCGUCCUCCAUUUUUAAGAGUAUUUAAUUUUGAAGUAAUAAACAAGAUUUCGAUUUUCCCUUCCUUUUAUAUUGAAUAUUUUCUCUUACACAUAUAUUUUAUCAUUUUUAUAAUAUUUUACUUCUGAAAGUUAUAGAUUUUUUUCCUUUUCAAUCAAGCGUACUUUGUACUUUUCAAUGGAUUUUACUCAAGAAAUAGCAUGCGUAAUUAUGUUGAAAACGGACUCUAAAUGAUCAUAAUUAUUUUCCUCAAGUAAAACUAUUACACAAAAGAAAUAAUGGAAUAAAAUGAAUAAUCGUUUUAUCUUGGUGACAAAAACUUAUACUAAAAUAUCCUAGAUAGAAAACUACGACGUACUGUAAAUUUAUACAAAUUCAUUUGCAUAGCUGUAUUGAAGUACAUAUAAUAAUAAACGUACUAGUUGUAAUCAGCGCCGAUGAAAACAAAAGUAGAAAAUUUGGCGAUAUUUUGGAGUUCAUUAUAAAAGUGAAAUUUUCUGUACAUUUUACUUAAUUGGGACUAAAAAGUGAGUUCCUUAUAAGCGAUAGUUCCUUAUAACCAUGUUCGCUAUAACCAUAUAUUUUUACAUUAAAUAAAGAAGGGCAAAAUUCGGGCCAAAAUAAAUUGUUCCUUAUAACCGGAACUUCGCUAUAACCGUGUCCGCUAUAAGUGAAGUUUACUGUACAUUGGUAAUAAUCUGUUUUUAAACAACUGCUCAACUCAAAAUUUAUAUACCAUGGAUAAAUGGUUUCCAGGGUUUUCCUGCAAUGAUGUCUUAACCAGUGAUCAUAACCCCUUAAUUGCUGAGUUUGUAUAUUAAUGGACUUGUCCACAAAAUGUAUUUGGAACCAUUCAUUGUUAAAUUUAGGGGAUUCAGUAAUGAAAAUAUUAAAGUGAUACUGCCAGUGGUCACAUUGCAUGGAUAGUACAGGCUGGAUUGUCUCCUUACAGUUGGCAUACAAUCAUUUAUAUAAGUCACUAACAUUCAAAAACUUCAAUGCAGCCCAUUAUUUAAACUUUUUAAAAGGUAACAACAUACCACUUGAUAUACUUGCUUGAUAUAUCUUGACAAGGUGCAGUUGUAAGACAAGGGGCAUAAUUCUUAAAAUUAUAGCUUACGAGUAAUGCUCCUUUUAGCUUUUUUUGUCAAAAUGGUAAUUUUAACAGACGAGCAUUUGCACUGCAUGCGGAGCUCAUGUAAUCUCAUUUAGUAAUUGCAGAAAUAAUAAAUGACAGGUCUUAGCCAUCUACAUAGAAACAUAACAUCAUUUGAUAUAGGUGCAUUUUUUACACUUUGUAUAAUUUGCUGCUCUGUUUAUUUCAGUUACCUGGAAAUCCUUGAAAUAACAAUGGACUGUUUUAAUUAUUUUAUAAGAUUUAUAUAUUAUGUCAGGUAUUAUAAAUAAGAGACAAAAAUGACUGAAUAAGUACAUAUUUCAAAUUUUGUAUUAUAAAUACAAAAUUUUUGCUUCAAGUUUUUGUUUAAAGCUGACAUUUAUUUAUAGUUGACAAAUCGAUUUUCAACACUAUGACUUGAAGUAAAGAAGGUGAAAACAGUGAAAGUACUUUUUUAGGGUAGUGUAACAUGUUAAUUAUUUUGUUAGUUAUUGUGUAAUUAAUUAUGCUUAUAUGUAUAAAAGCAUUGUAAAGCUGAUUAUUAUAUUAUGUUAUCAUGUAUCUAUAUGUUUGUCUGAAUUAUUACCUUAAACAUACACUGUUGGUCAACCUAACUUACCAUUCACCAUUUUCAGGGGAAACUGGUGGUCAAGUAAUACUUGAUAGACUGAAAUAAUUGCUUGAAUAAGUUUUUUUCUAAAUUGUCCUGUCAUAUCAUGUUUAAAUCAGCACCAGUUGCUUCCCAUUUCAACAUUAAGGAGUGGCUUGCUGUUUUUGUCUUUCCAGGUAAUUUAAGUUGAAUUAGCUGUACAGCACAGUUGUCAGAAUUCUCUACUGAUAUUGCAUCAAGUUUAAUUAACAUGAUGUGCUUUUUCUCUUAUAGGCAUUCCUGGUGACACGUCUAGGGCCCUUAGUGUCUGUACUAAGUAUGUUGAAAGGUUUCAUGGUCUGUGAUUAAACAGGAAUAAAGAAGCAGAUAUAUUUUAUAUUUUAGCUGUGGCCUUUCAUUUUGGUUGGGUUUAACAUCACACCAACACAGUAGAGGUCAUAUGGCAACUUUCAAGUUUUACCGGUUGAGAAAGACCUCCUGUACCCCUUUUUGUGCAUGAUUUCAGGCAUGAAAGCAAACCUAAAUAGAACCACUGACAUUCAGUAAGCUGGCUGGAUAACUUCCUCCGAUAAAAGUAUUCAAAAUCCUUUGCUAGAUUCUAAUAGGCACAAAUGCCCCACCUGUCUUUUUUCCAAAUAUUACCAAUAAUUAAGGUAGUUUACAUUCUAUUUCCAUCUAUUGCUACAUUAAUUUUUGCUCUCAUGGGUUUUAAGUUACACUGACAUUACAGAGGUCAUAUAGCAACAUUCCAGCCUAACUGGCUAAAGAAGACCUUAUUAGCUUGAUUAAAAUAAAAGCUUGUAGCUUGUUUGAACAACUCAUAGACACCACUUCCUUGAACUUACCGGUACUUGUGAUAUACGAGGAUAUAAUGGUUGUGACCAGAUUAGGGAUCUGACCCAUGACACCUGGGUUAGGAGACAGACAAGUUAACUGCUAGGCCACUGCUUCCUUUUAAUUUAAUUAAUUAUAAACUGAGACAUGGCAGGAGUUUUAAAACUGUCAACAACAAAAAAUUAAUACUUGAAUUCGGAGAGGAAAAUUGUUGAUGACAUCCAAAGGGCAGAAGAAAUAAACCAAAAAGAUGAGUUUUAUUUUUUUUAAAGACAUUUAGUUUGAAAUAUUUUGUAUUAAUUUGACAAAAGAAUUAGAAAUACAGAAAUAGAGGAAAAGUCAGAGGUUACUAGUUGUAUACAUUAUUAUGUAGGGAGAUAAUUCAGACAAAUUUAUGGAUACAGUAUACCUGAGUUGCCAGUAUUUUUGCUUUAUUAUUUUGUAUGGUUACAGCUCUAAUAUUUUAUACAUAUUACAGUAAACAUUUUCAUUUCAUCACUUAAGGUCCUUCACCUAUGUAACUUCAAAUUUUCCAAAGUCACUUCUCUUAAAAUCUUUAGUGCAUGAAAUAUGUAACAACCAAAGACUAAGCUCAAAAGUGAGUUAUUGUAUUUUUAUGUUUUUACCUUUUUGCUUCUUUGUUUCUAAAGAACAAAUAUUCUUUUGAAACUUUGAUUUAAUAGUUUAGUAAUUUUCCAUAAAAAUCUCUGUAGAUAUGUAAAAGUCUUCAAAAUAGAACUACGUUGUACUCUUCUUUCAUUUUUCUAAUUAAUUUGUUAAUUCUUCAAAGGUUCUUUAUAAAAUGAAAAUAAUAAAUUUCCUAAUGCACAAGUGAAUUGCUAAAGACCAAAGAAUAUAAAUCACAGUUUGGGAGAAUAUUGACACUUUGAACAUUAGGUGAAACAUUUUUUUGUCAUUCAUUGUAAAAUUACCAGUAGUUUAUUAUUCAAAAUUCAUCAGUGUAUUAAAUAACACAUUUCAUGUCAUGUUUUAUUUAACUAAUUUAAAUGUUUUAAUGUCACGUAUAGAGUAAAUUACUGUUCAUAUAACAGUAAUUUGAAAAAUAAAAAAUAUAUAUAAAUCCAA